AUGACCCUCCGCGAAAAAACCUACUUCCAAGACCGCGCCACCCAAGAAAUGGCCACCCACCUAUCUCUCCAAACCCGCUCCCUAAAAGAAACCCUCACGCAGGCCUGCCACAUAAUCGCCCUCCACGAAGGCGAAGCCGGCCUCGCAGGGCAGAUCUCCGCACGCUCCACCCGCGCGCCUUCCUCUCACGAGAGCCCCAAAACAUACUACUGGACGCUCCGCUUCGGCAUUGGCUUCGACGAAGCCACCCCGGACGAUUUCAUCGAGGUCGACUCGGACCUGAACACCGUCGCCGGGACGGGGAUGGCGAACCCCGCCACGAGAUUCCAUUUAUGGGUCUAUGCGGCGCGACCCGAUGUGUCGAGUAUAGUGCACACGCACUCCCCGAGCGUCUCUGCGCUUGCGGCGGCGAAACAGCCACUGGUGGUGUGUCAGAUGGAUAUGACGCCCUUCUAUGACAACUGUGGAUUCCUAGGGGAAUGGCCCGGUCUACCGAUCGCCGACCACGAGGGGGUGAUUAUCAGUGAGGCGUUGGGGCCGGACCGCAAGGCGAUUAUCCUGGUGAAUCAUGGGCAGUUGACGGCGGGGGUGAGCGUUGAGGAGGCGACGUAUCUCUCGGUUUACCUGGAACGGGCUGCAGGGUUGCAGUUGCGGGCGAGUGUGUUGGGGGAGCUGGUCCCUGUGCCGGGGGAGUUGGCGGUUGAUGCGAGGGAUUAUUUGUUGAAGGAGAGGGUGGUUGGGGCGACGUUUGAUUAUUGGGGGAGGAUGGCGGGGAGGAAGGGGUUUGGAGGAGGGUUGGAGGGGAGGAGGUAG